UAGUUUCAUAGAGAUAUUUUAGCUUCACCCUUAGAUUCCGAAUUCUUUCGACACCGACUAACAUCGAGCUGAAGUCAAAGCAAGUGAAAAGACACACACCCACCCAUCCAUACACACACACACACACACGCACACACACGAGAUGAACAAGUCGCUGAAACCCAGCAAGGUGAAGCGCGGCAAGCGGGGAGGUGGCGGGGGCCCCACGACUCAGCCGCAGGACUUCGUGGAGGAGCAGGUGGAGAACGCGCGCAGGUCGGUGGAGCGCAAGCUGAUGUACCUGUCCGAGUCGAACCGAGCCAGUGCACCCACUCGGGCGGGCAAGCGGAACACGGCGGGAGCGGGGGCAGGCGGAGGAGCGGACGGAAGAGAAGGAGCGGGCAGCGCUGGCGCCGACAUAGCUGCCCAUGCCCGUGGCCAGCGUCGCAGGCGGAGCAGGAGGAGUCCGACACUGGCCGCAGACCAGGAGACGACCGACGAGGAGCAGAAAUCGUCAGUGGAGACGACGUACAAGUGCGAAAACCGGAGACGCAGUGGUUACAACUUAUUGCUGUCUCCUCGGCGCAAUGGCCUUACACCCCGGAACUAUGAGGCCGAGGCGGCGGAAAUGGAAGCCAUCAUGGCCGCCCAGCGAACGUCCAGCGGCACGACGAAGCCCGGCCAAGCAGAUGGGGAUGUGGGUGAGUAUCAGGCCGGAACUUUUGGCCGCCUGCAGCUGAAGCCGCUGAGCAGCUAUGCCACGGGCCACCAACUGCCCAGCUACUCGUGCGGCGUGUGCGGAGCCAAGUUCCACAUACGAUCGCUGCUGGGCGCCCACCGGCACAUCCACGACGACGACUUCAAGGUGCGCUUCCGGGUGCGGCGUAAGCGGGAGAGCAGCACCACCAUGGCCGCCGUGCAUCUGUGCAAGUACUGCGAUCGCGCCUUCGAUCUGGAGCGCACGUUGCACAUCCAUCAGCUGAGCUACUGCAAGAAGAUACCGCCGCAGCAGCGCCGCAAGCUGGCCUUCACGGAGCUGGCGCACGAGAAGAAGGCGCCGCUGCCCAACUUCCAGCGGACGCAGCAGCAGUCGCUGCAGCAGCAGGCACAGGGGAACAGCGCCACCACCAAGCAGCAGCAGUUGACGCAGCAGGAGAAGCUCCACAAGAUCAUAAUGCGCGAGUCGGCGGUGCACGAGCGCUGGCGCUAGUCCUCCACAUCCGCUGAUCCUCACCAGAAACUGGAAGCGGAACCAACGCUUGCUUUCGUCGAUCAGCAAAGUCUGUGGAAACAGAGGCAAAAUUAUUAGGUGUAGGGUAUGAAAGUGAGCGGCAUAACCAGACUAGGAAACUCACCUGUUCCGAAGAGCGAAACACAUUGGCGUUGAAUAGUCACAGUCACACUCCAUUUAUGACGGUCAAUUAAGCUAAAUUGAGAGUCCCCGCGCAUGGAGGUAGUUGGUGUUUCUAGAAUGGGGGUGCAAGUGUAAGCAAGUGUAUUAGAAAUGAUUAAAUUUGCGAGCCUAACUGAAUAA